AUGUCGGUGAAUUACGCGGCGGGGCUGUCGCCGUACGCGGAUAAGGGCAAGUGCGGGCUCCCGGAGAUCUUCGACCCCCCGGAGGAGUUGGAGCGGAAGGUGUGGGCACUGGCGCAGCUGGUCUGGGAGUCGUCCAACGUGGUCUUCCACACAGGUGCAGGCGUCAGCACCGCUUCAGGCAUCCCCGACUUCAGGGGCCCGCAUGGCGUCUGGACCAUGGAGGAGCGGGGCCUGGCCCCCAAGUUCGACACCACCUUCGAGAGCGCGCGGCCUUCGCGGACCCACAUGGCGCUGGUGCAGCUGGAACGCGUGGGCCUGCUCCGCUUCCUGGUCAGCCAGAACGUGGACGGGCUGCAUGUGCGCUCUGGCUUCCCCAGGGACAAGCUGGCCGAGCUGCACGGGAACAUGUUCAUAGAAGAAUGUGUCAAGUGUAAGACGCAAUACGUCCGGGACACAGUUGUAGGCAGCAUGGGCCUAAAGACCACGGGCCGGCUCUGCACAGUGGCCAAGGCCAGAGGGCUACGGGCCUGCAGGGGGGCGCUAAGAGACACCAUCCUGGACUGGGAGGAUGCCCUGCCUGACCGAGACCUCACCCUCGCGGACGAGGCCAGCAGGAACGCUGACCUGUCCAUCACCCUGGGCACCUCGCUGCAAAUCCGGCCCAGCGGGAACCUGCCGCUGGCCACCAAACGCCGGGGCGGCCGACUGGUCAUAGUCAACCUGCAGCCCACCAAACAUGACCGCCACGCAGACCUGCGCAUCCAUGGCUAUGUCGAUGACGUCAUGGCGCAGCUGAUGAAACACCUGGGGCUGGAGAUCCCCGCCUGGAAUGGACCCUGUGUGCUGGAGAGGGCACUGCCAUCGCUGCCCCGCCCGCUCGCCCCUAAGUUCGAACCCAAGCAGGAGCCCCCUGCCCCGCUCCACAGCUCAGCGCCCGUCAGCCCCAAGCAGGAGCCCCCCACCGCCCAGCACAAUGGCUCUGGACCUGCCAGCCCAAAGCGGGAGCGGCCGGACACACCCACCCCCCACAGGCCUCCCAAAAAGGUGAAGGCCGACGGGCUCCCUAGCUGACGAGUGUGCUCGGGGAGGGGGGUUUGUAAGAAAUUGUGGGUUCUCUUCUUCCGAGCCGGGUUCACUUUUGUUAUUCGCUCCUGGUCUCUGGGCUGCAGGGCACAGGGACCCGGGCAAGAGGCCGAGCUUGCUUAUUCUUGUUACCUGGAGGGGCCAGGGGCCUGAGAAGGAACACCUCCCCAACCUUAGCCCUGGCGCUGGCUGCCCAGGCUCCUGUUACACCCUCCUAGCCUGAGAACAUUUGAGGGAGACAGUGGCCAGGACCUGCCUGGUUGGCACACUAAGCAGGGGUGCACACCCUCUGCCCAUUGGGCCCGCUUCCUGUAGGUGGCCCGCUCCCUGUCGGUAGCCCUUACCACAGCCAGAUGAUCAUCUCCCCAAGGCCUCAUUCUUGGACCCUGAGGAGGCUUGGGCAGUCAGGUCGAGGCACCAGUUGGGGGCCAGGCUUGGGGCGGGUGACUCUAAGGGGCUGCUCUGCCUUGGGGUUGGAGCAAGACCCCUGGGUCCACCUGGAAUCCUCCAGACCCCCAGGAAAGUUGUCAACACAAUAAAAGCAGUCCUAACUUCUUC